UUUAGACCACAAGUUGUGACAAGUAAAUCCUUAUAAUUAAUACAAAAUGUAUGACUAUUUGUGCCAAUACGAUAAAGUGCAAAAACUCUGGACCAGUGCUAAGAGACAUGAAUUCUACAAUGAAAAUGUAUCGGCAGGAGAAUUGGCCUUUUUUGUUAUGCGCAAUAAAAAUCCCUCGGAAAUUAUGCAAAUUUCGGAUUCCGAGGGCACGGUGCUAACUUACGGUUCCGCCUUAACCACAGCCAUAAGAAUAGCUCAACAUUUCGACAGACUUAAACUAACCGAAGAUGAUAUAGUGAGUAUUUUUGCCCCCAAUACAACCUAUGUAAUGCCCUUGGCUUUGGCGGCUUGGUUCAAUGGCACACCAUUUCAACCCAUGAACACUGUAAUGGAAACUAGUGUGUGUACACAAAUUUUCGAAAAAAUUAAACCCAAGAUAAUAUUCUGUGAUGGUUUACAUUAUGAGAAAAUCAAGAAGGCUUCGGCAGCAUUUAAUCCAGCUAUUUAUACAAUCUGCAAUCAUUUGGAAAAUGUUCCCCAAAUCGAGGAACUAUUGGAGCCUACAAAAAGUGAACGCUAUUUCAAACCAAAACCUUUAACCAAAGGUCCCACUCAAACCAUGAUCAUUAUGCUUUCAUCCGGCACCACCGGCCUACCCAAAGGAAUAUGUCUAUCAAAUCGUUAUGUUAUAUCAGACUUUUCUUUUACCUAUCAAUAUGAUACGAUUUUCUCCACCAGCAGCAUAGAUUGGUUAACUGGACUCGUUACCCUUUUGACUAAUGUUUUAGUUGGCGGUAUAAGAGUUAUCACUAGCAAGCCCUAUACAGCCGAAUAUCUGUAUGAAAUUAUUACCAAAUACAAGAUUAGUGUGCUGGUAACCAAUCCCUCGGCCAUGUUGGAGUUGUCUUUAUUGCCCACCUUUACCAAGGAAGCCAUGCAGUCUGUACGUAUGCUAAUAAUGGGUGGCUCAUCGUGUCCCGAAAAUAACUUGAAACGUAUACGCUCCUCCUUAACGGAUGCUUAUUUGUAUUUCGGUUAUGGCAGCACAGAAAUGGGAGCAAUUGCUUUUAAUGGCCAGGAUUACAAACUGAAUUCGGUGGGUCAAAUUGGUCCCAACUUGCAAAUGAAAAUUGUAGACACCAAUACGGGCAAACGUUUGGGUCCCAAUGAAAUGGGCGAAGUAUGUCUGCGUAGAACUAAUGACCAAUGGUUGGGUUAUUACAAAAAUCCAGAAGCCAAUAAGUCCACAAUAGAUUCUGAGGGUUUUGUGCACACCGGCGAUAUGGGCUAUGUGGACGAUGAACAGUAUUUGUUUUUGGUAGACCGCUGUCGGGAUGUUAUGAAGCACAUGGGCUAUAAAUGGUCACCACAUGAAAUUGAAGUUCUGGUGGCCGAAAUUCCCGAUGUCGUGGAUGUUUGUGGUUUUGGUGUGUACGAUGAUGUGAAACUAUAUGUGCCAGCCGCUGCGGUAGUUCUAAAACCGGGUAGUUCUCUGACUGAAAGCGAUGUGGUGAAGUAUGUGCAACAGCGUAGUGAAGUUCAUUAUAAAUAUUUAGAUGCUGGUGCAUUUAUUUUGGAAGAGUUGCCACGCAACAGAAAUGGAAAACUUAUGCGUGACAAAAUUAUGGAAAUCUGUUUGGCAAGGGGGAAGGAGGAAAAUGGCCAUGUGGAUAGAUGAAGU